UAGGCCUUCCAAUAGAAAAAAAUCGGGGCAUAUGCAAGACCUAAUGGGGACAAUAAUGGAUAAGUCCACUCCAGAUCCAGUUGAAGAAGCAGAGACGGCCUUCCAGGCAGUAGAUCUAGGCUCCACAGUGCAAGUGGGGGAGCCUCCUCGCUAUGGAGUAGUCAAGUGGUUGGGAAUGUUCCCAGGAGGUAGUGAGCUGAUGGCUGGUAUAGAGCUGGAUGAGUACUGGCCUAAGGAUUGUGGGGACGGAUCAUUUGAGGGACAUAGCUACUUCAGUUGUGGGCAUGGCCAUGGAUACUUCCACCCUCUCAAGAACGUCCAACCAGAUCAGAGAUUCCUAACCAUCGACCCUGUACCUGCCAUCACCCGGGGGAACAGCAUACCAGCCGAGAAUCCGCUACAGGCCCCCCUGGAGGAACUGGAGGAACAACACACAAUACCCCCCACACAGGUCUAUGUUGGGGAGAAGAGAGGGAUCCAGGGUCACUACAACUCCUGCUACCUGGACUCCACUCUCUUUGGUCUGUUUGCCCUCAGUGAUGUCUUUGACUCCAUGUUCCUGGCACCAGACAAAGAUGCUCCAGCCAGCAGACAAGAGUUCAAGGACCUCCUCGCCAAAAAAAUAAUCAAUCCUCUCAGAAAGAAUGGAGUGGUGAGGUUUGAGUCUGUGAUGGAGCUGAGGAGAAUGAUUGAGGACCUGGGUAAAAUGGAGGGUGUGCAGGAGAAGGAGAAAGAUCCGGAGGAGCUCCUGAACUUGCUGUUCAAGAACAUUCUGCACAUUCCACCCUUCAUACAAAUCAGACGUUCGUUUGGUGUUGAGGAUGAAUUUUUUAUCCAGCUGUUCAUAUCAUUUGACCAGACCUUGAGGCUGCCUACCAUUAAGGAACUAACAAGGAAAAUGUUCGAUGAAGGAAAACUAUCUCUGACAAAGGCUCCCUCCCAGCUGCUGGUACAAGUGCCACGAUAUGGUCGAGGGUUCAAGACGUGUCAGAGGAUUGUACCAGACCUCAAGUUUGACAUUUCUGAAUUCACAGAGGCUUACAUUUCUGCUGAUGUCCCUGGCUGUAUGAUAUGUGGGGAGAGGUCGUCAUGGAAAUGCUCUCAGUGUAAACAUGACUUUAUGACUAGCGAAUCAGAUGUCUAUUUCUGUGAGGUGUGCUCGAGAAAGGCUCAUACUAGGAAGGAGAGAAGAGACCAUACAGUAAACCGAGCAGUGACUGUUCCAAUGGCUGAACUGGACCUCCUCUCUGUGAUCUGCAUUGAGACCAGUCACUACGUCUGCUUCACUAGAGACCUCGACACAAACACAUGGCUCUUCUUUGACAGUAUGGCCAACAGACUCUAUGACAAGUACAACAUUCCCCGGGUGACGGACUGCACAGCUGCCCUGAAUGAGUGGGUGUACAGUGGAGACCUGACACAGCUACUGAGUGCACAGCCAAGAGAGCUACCAGAGUUGGUCCGACGGUUCACUCAAGAUGUCUACAUGUGUGUCUAUGUUCAGUCCAAGCCCAAGUCUACGGACAAUUCUAGUUACAAUGAAGAGUUUGUAGAUGUAGCUUGGGAAUUUUAAUGUUGUACUUUGUGUGGUUUGAUUUAUACUGAAAGUCAUUGUUGUGGUCUGCUAUGUUUGAAUAUGAAAAUGAUUGUAUUAUCUCAAA